CUCUGCCUACAAAGCCAACCUAGCUCUAUCUUCUCUGCUUUUCUAUCAUGGAAAUGUUUUUUAAUAGGUGGCGUUAAGAGUGUUGGUUUUAUUUUUACUUUCUUAUACUGAAAUGUACGACCGUCUGGAUCCCCGCUCGCCCGAGAGAGGAAGGCUUUUUGUAGGUAUAAUACAAGGAAGCGUCGUCUGAGAGAGGGAGAGAGAGGGGGAAGGAUUGACGCUUUUUCCUCCUCUCCUCCUCCUUCUUCCUUUCGCCCCCUCUCCUCCUCUUUUUGGCGGAGAGAGGGGUUGAGGCAGGAAUAAACGCUUUUUUUUGUUUUUUUCUUUCUUUUUUUUUUUUAAAUGCAUUUGAAUCCUACUGCGCAACCAGACCGGAUCACGUGGGAUUGGAGAGAGUUGGAUCGAUUUUGCACAGUUCAAUGUGAGAAAAAAGAGAGAGAAACAAACAACUCUUUCUUUUUUACUUCUGUGGAUAACUGGGACUGUUGAUACUUUUUGCAUUAGUGCAAGAGAAGGGGGGUGUUUUGAGUGGGAUCCUUCUUUCAGCCUUGGAGGUGUGGAGUAUUAAUUCUUAUAUGCCUGGGUUUUGAAAAACAAUGGAGACGCACAUUUCGUGCCUCUUCCCGGAAAUUUUGGCCAUGAUUUUCAGCUAUCUGGACGUGAGGGACAAAGGCAGGGUAGCCCAAGUGUGUAUCGCUUGGAGGGACGCAUCCUACCACAAGUCAGUGUGGAGGGGGGUGGAGGCCAAGCUGCACCUCCGCCGGGCCAAUCCCUCCCUGUUCCCCAGCCUCCAGGCCAGGGGCAUCCGGAGGGUCCAGAUCCUCUCUCUGCGCCGCAGCCUGAGUUAUGUGAUCCAGGGAAUGCCUAACAUUGAGUCCCUCAACCUGUCCGGCUGUUACAACCUCACAGAUAAUGGGCUGGGCCAUGCAUUUGUGCAGGAGAUCCCAUCACUGAGGGUUUUGAACCUGAGUCUGUGUAAGCAGAUCACAGACUCCAGUCUAGGCAGGAUAGCCCAGUAUCUGAAGAACCUGGAAGUACUGGAGCUUGGUGGCUGCAGCAACAUCACAAACACUGGGCUUCUCUUGAUAGCCUGGGGCCUCCACAGACUCAAGAGCCUCAAUCUGAGGUCCUGCAGGCAUGUCUCGGACGUGGGGAUUGGACAUUUGGCGGGCAUGACCCGCAGCGCAGCAGAAGGUUGCUUGAACCUGGAGUAUUUGACUCUCCAGGACUGUCAGAAACUGACGGACCUGUCACUCAAACACAUUUCCAAGGGCCUGACCAAACUCCGGGUACUGAACCUGAGCUUCUGUGGGGGGAUCUCAGACGCAGGGAUGAUCCAUCUCUCCCACAUGGCUUCCCUGUGGAGCCUCAACCUACGCUCCUGUGAUAACAUCAGUGACACAGGGACCAUGCACCUCGCCAUGGGCACCCUAAGGCUCUCUGGGCUUGACGUUUCCUUCUGCGACAAGAUAGGGGACCAGACCCUGGCAUACAUUGCCCAGGGGCUGUACCAGCUAAAGUCCUUGUCCCUGUGCUCAUGUCACAUCUCUGAUGAUGGGAUAAACCGGAUGGUGAGGCAGAUGCAUGAGCUGAGGACCCUGAACAUUGGACAGUGUGUGCGCAUCACGGACAAAGGGCUGGAGCUCAUAGCUGACCACCUGACCCAGCUGGCGGGCAUCGACCUGUAUGGAUGUACCAAGAUCACCAAGAGGGGACUGGAGAGGAUCACACAGCUCCCCUGCCUUAAAGUGUUGAACCUGGGACUCUGGCAGAUGACAGAGAGUGAGAAAGUGAGGUGAUUGGAAAUGUUUUUUUUUUUUUGUUUUUUUUUUGUGUGUG